AGGCUACAUCGCUGUAUUAGCUGAGGUCGGGUCGGGUUAAGGGAGAGAGAGAGAGGGGGAUUUAGAGACGCGUCCACGACAGAGGCAUCACCAUGGCACCGCUCGGACUAAAAGCAAUUGUGGGAGAAAAGAUUAUGAAUGAUGUCAUCAAGAAGGUACACAAGAAAGGAGAAUGGAAGGUGCUGGUUGUAGACAAGCUGAGCAUGAGGAUGAUGUCAUCUUGCUGUAAGAUGACAGAUAUCAUGUCAGAGGGCAUCACCAUUGUUGAAGACAUCGGCAAGAAGCGGGAGCCUCUCCCUAGUAUGGAGGCCAUCUACCUCAUAACUCCCAAUGAUGAGACUGUGGAGGCACUCAUAGAUGACUUCAGAGACCCGCGGUCGCCCAGAUACAGAGGAGCUCACGUCUUCUUCACUGACACAAUCCCGGAUUCAUUGUUUAAUUUGUUGACGAAAUCCCGCGCGUCCAAAGCCAUGAAGACCUUGACUGAGAUCCACAUCGCCUUUCUGCCCUAUGAGUCUCAGGUGUUUUCCCUGGACAAGACUGAUGCCUUCCAGGAUUUCUACAGCCCCUACAAGGCUGACAUCAAGCACAACAUGUUGGAGCGUUGUGCUGAGCAGAUCGCUACUCUCUGCAACACCCUGAAGGAAUACCCUGGCGUCAGAUACAGAGGGGACUACAAAGACUGUGCCACUCUGGCUCAGCUCCUGCAGGACAAGCUGGAUGGCUACAAGGCAGAUGACCCCACCAUGGGAGAGGGUCCGGACAAGUCUCGCUCCCAGCUCCUGAUUCUGGACCGAGGCUUUGACCCGGUGUCGCCCAUCCUCCAUGAGCUCACCCUCCAAGCCAUGGGCUAUGACCUGCUGGGCAUCGAGAACGACGUCUACAAGUAUGACACCAGCGGCAUGGGGGAGGUCAAGGAGAAAGCGGUGUUGCUGGAUGAGGAUGAUGAUCUGUGGAUGAGUCUCAGACACAAGCACAUUGCAGAAGUCACCACGGCUGUGACCCGUUCUCUGAAAGAAUUCUCAGCCACCAAAAAGAUGAACACAGGAGAAAAGACCACAAUGAAAGACUUGGCUCAGAUGCUGAAGAAGAUGCCCCAGUAUCAGAAAGAGCUGAGCAAGUACUCCACCCACCUCCACCUGGCUGAGGACUGUAUGAACCGCUAUCAGGGCACCGUGGACAAGCUGUGUCGUGUGGAGCAGGACCUAGCGAUGGGUACGGACGCAGAGGGGGAGAAGAUCAAGGACCCCAUGAGGGCCAUCGUGCCCGUCCUGCUGGACAAAGACGUCACCGUCUUUGACAAGAUUCGCAUCAUCCUCCUCUAUAUCUUCAUGAAGAACGGUGUUUCGGAGGAGAACCUGUGUAAGCUCCUCCAGCAUGCUAACAUCCCUCCCGAGGACAGUGACAUCAUCUCCAACAUGGCCCAUAUGGGCAUGCCCAUCAUCUCAGAGGGGAACCCGGCCCGCAAGGUGAAGAAGACUGACCGGAAGGAGAGAGUGAGUGAGCAGACAUACCAGCUCUCCCGAUGGACCCCUCUUAUCAAGGACAUCUUGGAGGAUGCUAUUGAGGACAAACUGGAUCCAAAGCAGUACCCCUACAUCUCCCAACGCACUGCCUCCACCCACUCCAGCGCUCCAUCAAGUGCCCGGUACGGUAACUGGCACAAGAACAAGGGCCCCACAGAGAUGAAGACGGGUCCUCGGGUCAUCGUCUUCAUCAUCGGAGGCAUGACCUUUAGCGAGAUGCGCUGCGUCUACGAAGUCACACAGGCCAAUGGCAAAUGGGAGGCCAUCAUUGGAUCAACCAAUAUCUUCACCCCUACAAGCCUUCUUCAAACUCUCAAAGACAUGGAUAAACAAGCAGAGGUUUAAGCAGAACAGCUAAGAGCCCCCAGGCUGUAGCUGUCCCUCUCCUAACUAGCUGUCCUUCUCUUAACUAGCUGCCCCUGUCCUAACCUCCAAACUCCCCCAGCCAGCAUAUUCUGCUCUGGACCCAUCCAUACCAAACCCCUUCUACUCUACAUAUAACAAGACAGAUUUAAGAAAAUGGCAGCAUCUAUUUCAAACAUAUCAAAGUCAUGUAUUCAGAUAUCAUUUUUUAAUAGCGUGAAAUAAGAUCAUUUAAAGCCAUACCACCAAAAACCACCAUGUUUUACCUAAUGUACAUAAACCCUGAUGAGUGUAUAAUAACAUAAUAUCAUUUAAAUGUGUUUGUCAGAUUGAAGGGAAGAGUAGAGAUUGAGUUUGUGAUGGAUGACAGUUGAUACUAUAUGAGCAGUGGAUGUAAACUGCCAUCUCAGGAUGCCAUCGUUGCACUUCCUUAAAAAGGAAGCCAAUCAUAGACGAUAUUAGAUAAGUGUGGGUGGAAUUUUAGGAAUUAUUCAGGCUGGUGAUUGGUGUAGAUUGCUCGUCAUGUUCCAGGGAUUCAGGAAUACAAAGGGACCAACUGGGAUGAUGGUGGAAUGGGAUCUACAGUAUAAUGUUCCCUUUAAUACCCCCUCAUAAAGAUGUAUAAGAUUCCUGUGUUUCCAACAGACCUGGGUUCAAAUACUAUUUCAGUUAUUUCAAAACAAGUGUUCAGAUUACAUUUUUACAUGUUAGCAGACGCUCUUAUCCAGAGCGACUUACAGUUAGUGAGUGCAUACAUUUUCAUACUGGCCAUCCGUGGGAAACGAACCCACAACCCUGGCGUUGCAAGUGCCAUGCUCUACAAACUGAGCUACAGGGGACAGAUAACCUUUAUUUGAAAAAACAAGUAGUUGAAUACUGGAAUGUAUUUGGAAAUACACUUGGAAAGUAUUUGUAUACUCAAAUAACUGACUCAAAUACACUCCCAAGCAUUUAACCCAGGUAUUUGAAAAGCCAGGUCGGUUUUUAGUGGUUUGGAUUGUAGCUUUUAUCUCAUUGCUUGUAAACGUUCCAGGAACAAUGAGCAAAAAUACCAAUUUACUUUCAAUAUUUUUGAAACUCACCAUUUUUUCAUUUGGAAAUAUCAUCACCAUCUUCCCCGUAAUGCAAUCAGUAGUUUGUAGAACAUAUGCCAUACUGAUUCAAUGUUUCUAUUUCUGGUGAUUAUUCUGACUUUGAAAUUGCCAUUGCGAAGCCUCUCUGUACUAGUGGUCAUGUAGCUGUAGCUAGCAGUACAGUUACAGUAGUUGGACUGUAGCUAGCAGUACAGUUACAGUAGUUGGGCUGUAGCUAGCAGUACAGUUACAGUAGUUGGGCUGUAGCUAGCAGUACAGUUACAGUAGUUGGACAGUGAUGAUCAGCCAUUGGAAAGUUCUUCCUCUAUUCGUUUAGUCUCUGUUCAGAAACAUUGUCAUUGAUUUGAUUUGUUAUUUAUUCUCCCUGUUGAAGUUAUUUUUUGUCCCACUUUCCAGUGCAGCGUUGACACUGUCAUGAUACAAACUCAUUGUUGUUGUGUUGUUGUUGAUUUGUUAACUUUAUAUCAGGGUUAUCUAUUAUUUCUCAAGAUAGAUUAAUAUACUAAAGCUCUAAUAAAGUUGCUUUAUUAAAGAAAAUGUGGAUGUUUUACAGUCUGUUACAUUAUUACAUGAAAUGAUUGAAAUGCAUAUCAAUAAACAGUUUAGUCAUUGAGGGAAGGAUGGAUUGGACUGCUGGUGAUCCCCUACUGAUGUUACAAACUAGUGAUCUGGGUUCAAGACAAAUGUCUGAGAGGCUAGCGCAUAAUUUAGUACAGGGUCCCCUGAACUAAACUGUAAGACUUUGUGAUAGUAAAACUGUAAUGUUACACUGUAUGUCAAUUAUAAUUAUAAUAUUGCAGUACCAUUUACAACCACUGGAGAACAGCAUUGGCAUAUUGCUGGAUAAACAUAAUCAUAGCAGCCCGCAGAACAUUUGACAGCCAGGACGAGCCAACAUACAGUGCCUCGCAAAAGUAUUCAUCUCCCUUGGAGUUUUUCCUAUUUUGUUGCAUU